AUGGGUGAGAACGUUGGAUUUGUAGCAAAAGUUAAAGCUGGUGGCAAUGAACAUAGCACUUUUACUCACUGCAUGAUCCAUCUGGUGGCACUUGUAGCCAAAAAAAUAUCACCAGAGUUAGAUGUUGUGUUUCAAGAUACUAUUAAAAUCAUUAACUUCAUUAAAAGCCGUGCCCUUAACAGUCGUUUGUUUUCAAACCUUUGGAAACACAUGGAUUACAAAAGUUUAUUACUACAUGCAGAGAUUCAUUCGGCUUGGGGUCCACUAAAACCCCGAGAUCUUUUUUCCCCAUACAAUUUACCCCAUGGUGCCAGCCUGGUCAUUGUGUACCUGGUUUGUUAUUCUAAUACCAGUCCGUCAAGGCAAGGAGAGAAAAGACUGGCCCCAAGUUCCCCCCUAAGCCCACCAACCCACAGCGCCGCAGCUGCGGCGCGUGCGGCAGCCAAGGCAGGAGGAGGAGCGCAGUCUGGGAGGGAGGGGGUGUGGAGCCUAGGAGUGGUCGAGUGGGCGGAACGCAGGACUCAGGAAUCCUGGCUCCCCGCCGGACGGCGAUUCCAGCUGCACCCGCGAUGCUUUCAGCCCGCGGGAGAGCCGAUCCCCGCGUUCGAGCGGCGGCUCGGCCUGGCAGGUGACGGGUGGACGGGCUGCGGGGGAGGGAUCGGGGGUGGUAAGAAGUCGCAGCGGCCGUCCCCCACCCUCUCUCCGCCCCGCGUCUCUUUUCCUCUCCGGCCGGAGGUUCUCCGAGCCGCGGUCUGGCCCGUCUCCAGGUCAACGGCUCCCCGACGCAGCAGGCCCGUCGGGCCCGGCCGUUCGGCACCAGGAACCGCUUCGGGGGGGAAGCGGCCGCCGCCCCCGCCACUUCCUCCAGGGCCCGGCGAGGAGAGCCGCCGUUUCCGCCGCGGCCGGAUCAGGAGCCCAGAACGAAGGGUGAGGUUUCAGCAAGGUUCACCACAAGUCAGACAUUAGGAAAAUGUCCAUUGAGUAGGGAAACGUUGGGGUUUAAGAUGAAGAGCC